GUCCCAGCCAGUGAAUAUUCUCAUGGUUAUAGCUAUGUUAACUCUACAUGUGAAACAACCCCUAAGAGAAACCGUAUGAACUACGGGUUUGAUUCGGAGAUCAUAUGAUAACAAUAACCACAGCAGUCAUUCAUAAUCAUCUGGGUAGAUAAACCAGAGGAGCAGCAUGGGAGCGCAGAGCCCAGCCCAGAUCCCUCUACUGCAGCGCCUGACACAAGGGGCGCUGAGGAGGCACAGGCAGCAGCAGCAGCCACAGAACAACACCGGGUCACACACCGUGCGAUUCGAAGACGGCACCCAAAGGCAGAGCGGGAAUGGGAGGCCGCUGUACAGGAGAGCCGAUUCCGUCAGGGAGAGAUACGCACAGCUCAAUGACUCGACUCAGGGCUACAAAUACACGGAAAAACUCCUUCAGCUGGUUGGUGAUGAGAAAUAUGCCGAGGUGAAGGCCCUCCUGGAGGAGGGGACGGACGUCAACGUUAAAGACGAAGGGACGGACACAACCGCAUUACACAUAGCGGCUUCGAACGGGUUCACAGGAGUACUCAAGCUGUUGUUGGAUGCUGGAUCAUACGUCAAUGCUCAAGACAGCACUGAACAAACGCCUCUGCAUUUUGCUGUGCGGAAGGACCACAUCGACUGCUGCCAGUUACUGCUGGAGCAUCCGAAUAUCGAUGUCAAUCAGUGCAACAAAGAACGUAAUACCAUAUUGCACGUAGCUGCCAAGGAGGGCAGGUAUGACAUUUGUAACAUGAUUUUAGAUCAAUCGCAGCUUCGUGUUAAUGUCAAAAACAAGCGAGGCAUGACGGCCUUGCAUCUCGCAGCUCAGGAGAAUCAACCACGGGUGUUGCAGCUCCUUUUGGAAAAAGGAGGUAUAGAUUGGAAAAUCCAAGAUUCGAAUUUCUACUUAGCUCUUCAUUACGCGGCACAGAAAGGGUUUCCCAAAUGCUGCGAAGUAUUGAUGUCCUCAGAUAUCAAAGAUAACAAAGUCAAACAGCUUUCAACUUGUUUGAAAGAUGGCAAAACAGCCCUUAUGCUAGCUGCCAAAAAUGGGCAUCAUAAAUGUUGUGAGAAUCUAACAUUAAACAAUAUCAACGCGAAGGAUAAGUCUGGCACCACCGCCUUGCAUUAUGCAGCAUAUGGAGGAUACGAAAUCACAGUAUCUGAACUGCUUGCAAUGGGAGCGAAUCCGAACACGCAGAGCAAGAAAGGCAGCGCCCCAGUCCUCGAUGCCGCGUCGAAGAAGAGGCCGGGUUGCCUGAAAGCCCUCCUUGCCAAGGAAGUGAAUCUGAGUGUCUUCGAUAAACAAGGCAAGGGGGUCCUUCACUACGCAGCUGAGAAGAAUGCCGAAGAAUGCUUGGGACUGUUGUUAGAAAUUCCCAGUGUAUUGUCAAUCCUGGACCGAAAAGACAAGGACAACUGCACUGCUCUCCACUUAGCCAUCAAGCGGGAAGCAGUCGAAUGUGCCCUCUUGCUGCUGGAGAAGGGCUCCUCGGCGACGGAGGAGUGCGUGGGCGGAAUGACACCCCUUCACCUCGCUGCGGACAAAGGGUAUACGAUCAUAUGUGAGAAACUAUUCGCAAUGCCUGGAGUGCAAGUUAGUAAAGAGAACGAAAUGAAAGCAACGCCCUUGCAUUUAGCAGCAUUGCACGGAUCGGUAGAUGUUUGCCAGAUGCUGCUCCGGCGAGGGGCGCGACAGACGGCGGUCGACGUACACGGACGGACGGCUCUGCACUUGGCAUCCGGGAAGGGAAAUGCCAACGUGGUCAAGUUCCUGUGCCGGAAAGGAGUCCCGAACAAGGCGAAGGAUGAUACCGGGUCGAAUGCGUUGCAUCUUGCGGCUGUGUCGUCAGAAGGAGCGCUAGAAUGUUGCAAAAUCCUGACAGCCAACGCAAAGGCACUUAACUGGGAUACGGAUCGAGACCAGAAGUUACCUAUCGACAGAGCUUUCGAAAGUGGGCAUGACGAAAUUUUCAAACUUCUACUGAAGAAAUUAAUGUUCAAGGAUAAUCAAGACAGUCGAAUGCUGACUCUGCAUAAGUAUAUGCAUGAAGCAUUACUCACGAACAGACUAAGCAUUGUGGAAGCCAUCAUAGACAGUGAGUGGUGGGAAUCAGGUUUUAUUGGAAAAAAUGGCCACCACUGUGAGAAUUUUCGUAUGCUGGUGAUGUCUCACCCGGAGCUAGCCCUCAAAGUCCAAGAAAAGUGUGUUGAACGUGUUUCAAACUUGGAGACACGAUAUGAUUUCAGGCUGUAUAAUGAUAACUAUUAUAUUCCAGCAGAUACGGAGAAACGUGCAAUCAGCCCCUUCGACCAGACCACAGGAUCUGUUCUACCGAAGGCACAGCAAUUCACUGUUGGUCUGGCAUGGAAAAACUCGCAUCCUCUGGCACUCAUGGUCUCCCACCACCGCUACCAGAACCUGCUGCACCCUCUCUCCAAGGCGUGGAUGUUGCAACAGUGGAGGACAUAUGCUUACAAGAUCUUCCUGCUUCUUCUGUUGCAUGAGCUGUUCUUUGUCGGCAGUCUGAUUGGGUUCAUGGCUUGUGUCGACAACUGGAAUCAAAAUAAAAUUGCGCUGCAAUUUCACCAAAGAUGCAUUCAUUCGCACAUCAGAAGAAUAUGACUCAUUGAGUAAUGACACAAAAGCUCAGUUUGAUGAGUGCAAUGCAUCCCUUCCCACAAAAUCAGCAUUA